CCCCCAGCCCCAGGCUGGCUGUGCUGUGCAGAUGUGUGGUGGAGGAGCUGGAAUAUCCAUGGUGUAACAUGAGGGGUCCUGUCUCAAUGUCUGGCUGCGUGGGUGAAGGGAUUGGAAAGGAAAAUGGGGAACUGCAGCACCCGGAGAUAACACAGUCUCACCCUUCUGCCUUUCCCCAUUCCAAAGCCCAGUGUCAUUGGGCACAGCAGGCUCACAGCACUAGGCUGUACCCACUGCCACAUGCCCUCCUUGCACGCCGGAUCCCUGCUCCCACACUGUGCCCGGUCCUUGCUGCAGUUUCCCCGUUCCAAGUGGAACCAUGGUGCUGCAGCACCUCAUGGGUCUGGAUGUUCCCAGGGCGGAACCGUGUGCUGGAGAACUUCUGCAAUACGGAAAAAAAGAACGGUGGCAGCAGCUUUUGGAGUCCCUCCCUGCUCAGCUGAGCCCUUUCCUUCCUUUGGCAGCUCCACUGAGAGAUAAGGGAGCACUGCAGCCCUGGGGAGCUGCACUGCCGCCCCCCCAUGGGGCCUGAGGUUGUGUCCUCAUGGGUGGGGAUGCUGAGCCGGUGUCUGUGGGAUGGGGAGCUGAGCUGACUCUGCUGGUGGCCUCACACACCACUGUGGCCAGGCAGUAUCUGGGACGUACAGCCCACCGCCAUGGGGAGCAGCAAGAGCAAACCCAAGGACCCUAGCCAGCGCCGGCGCAGCCUGGAGCCGCCCGACAGCGCCCACCACGGGGGGUUCCCAGCCUCGCAGACCCCCAACAAGACAGCAGCCCCCGACACGCACCGCACCCCCAGCCGCUCCUUCGGGACCGUGGCCACCGAGCCCAAACUCUUUGGGGGCUUCAACACUUCUGACACCGUCACGUCACCGCAGCGUGCUGGGGCGCUGGCUGGCGGUGUCACCACCUUCGUGGCUCUCUACGACUACGAGUCCCGGACUGAGACAGACUUGUCCUUCAAGAAAGGAGAACGCCUGCAGAUUGUCAACAACACGAGAAAAGUGGAUGUCAGGGAAGGUGACUGGUGGCUGGCUCAUUCCCUCACUACAGGACAGACGGGCUACAUCCCCAGUAACUAUGUCGCGCCCUCAGACUCCAUCCAGGCUGAAGAGUGGUACUUUGGGAAGAUCACUCGUCGGGAGUCCGAGCGGCUGCUGCUCAACCCUGAAAACCCCCGGGGAACCUUCCUGGUCCGGGAGAGCGAGACGACAAAAGGUGCCUAUUGCCUCUCUGUUUCCGACUUCGACAACGCCAAGGGGCUCAAUGUGAAGCACUACAAGAUCCGCAAGCUGGACAGCGGUGGCUUCUACAUCACCUCACGCACACAGUUCGGCAGCCUGCAGCAGCUGGUGGCCUACUACUCCAAACAUGCUGAUGGCUUGUGCCACCGCCUGACCAACGUCUGCCCCACAUCCAAGCCCCAGACCCAAGGACUCGCCAAAGAUGCAUGGGAAAUCCCCCGGGAGUCGCUGCGGCUGGAGGUGAAGCUGGGGCAGGGCUGCUUUGGAGAGGUCUGGAUGGGGACCUGGAAUGGCACCACCAGAGUGGCCAUAAAGACCCUGAAGCCCGGCACCAUGUCCCCGGAGGCCUUCCUACAGGAAGCCCAGGUGAUGAAGAAGCUCCGGCACGAGAAGCUGGUUCAGCUGUAUGCAGUGGUGUCAGAGGAGCCCAUCUACAUCGUCACUGAGUACAUGAGCAAGGGGAGCCUCCUGGACUUCCUGAAGGGAGAGAUGGGCAAGUACCUGCGGCUGCCACAGCUCGUUGAUAUGGCUGCUCAGAUUGCAUCUGGCAUGGCCUAUGUGGAGAGGAUGAACUACGUGCACCGAGACCUGCGGGCAGCCAACAUCCUGGUGGGGGAGAACCUGGUGUGCAAGGUGGCUGACUUCGGGCUGGCACGCCUCAUUGAGGACAACGAGUACACAGCACGGCAAGGCGCCAAGUUCCCCAUCAAGUGGACGGCCCCCGAGGCGGCCCUGUACGGCCGGUUCACCAUCAAGUCGGAUGUCUGGUCCUUCGGCAUCCUGCUGACUGAGCUGACCACCAAGGGCCGGGUGCCGUACCCAGGGAUGGUCAACAGGGAGGUGCUGGACCAGGUGGAGCGAGGCUACCGCAUGCCCUGCCCGCCCGAGUGCCCCGAGUCGCUGCACGACCUCAUGUGCCAGUGCUGGCGGAAGGACCCUGAGGAGCGGCCCACCUUUGAGUACUUGCAGGCCUUCCUGGAGGACUACUUCACCUCGACAGAGCCCCAGUACCAGCCUGGAGAGAACCUAUAGACCUGGAGCUCCUCCUGGCACCAGAGGCCUCACUGUGGGGCACAGAGGGCCGGCUCCAUGCAGAGGGGCCACGUUCUGGGGAGCAGCCCCAGAGCAGGAUGUGGCAUGGUGAGGUGCCGGCUGCCCCAUUGCUCGUUAAAACUGCUGGGCCACACUUAACGAGGUGGCGAGAGGAGCCCUGGGCACUGCCACCAGUGGAGCUGGGGCUCAGGAUGGUGAGCGGAGCAGCGGGAUGGCUCCUGGCACAGCCACGGCUUUCAGGACCCUCUUCUCACAGCAGCCAGAGAAAUUGGGGGAUAGCCUCUCCCACCUCAGACACACUGCCCCACACCUCCUGCACCCCCUUUUUAAAAUCAGCACAAAUUUCUUCACCCAUUCAACCACCCACUUCACUCUGAUCUGCCCGAGGCUGUUUGCAGAGACGUUUGGUGAUGGGGAAGGCACUGCUUUGAAUCGGAUGCAGCUGAAGUGCAGACCUUGGGAUGGAGGCUGGCCAUCUCCCUUCCUCCAGCACUCACCUGUUCUUGGGCGCAGGACUCAGUGUUUUGGGAAAUUACUUGUCUUUUAGCACUGCUUUUGUCCACUGGUGUGUUCCUAGCUGCCAUCCCCCCUGCUUCUGCCAUCCCCAUAUCAGGGAGCACGGAGCUACCGGGAGCCAUUCGCAGGCCCAGCUGCUCCCUGCUCGCUGUCAGUACCGUGUGUUGGAGGUCACAAUGAUCCAUGAACAGCCCAGUGUCCGCAGCAGCACCCAUUGAGCACCCACCCUGUACAUAGCCCUCCAGCACCUCCCACUACUUGAUCAAGCUGCAUGUGCUGUCGUGUUCCUCCUGUGGUACCGCCAACAUCUGUCCUCGUCUGUCCCCAGCUGGAGCCCUUCAUCACACCAUCGCCACCUGUGUCCUGGACCUCUUAUCCAUCACUCACCCAGUGCCAAAAAUGCCUCCGGAGCACCAAGCUGAGCUGCUGCUGCCUCCCACUCGCUCCCCAGCAUCUUAUUUAUUACCCAAGUUCUCAGUCGGUGGCUCUGUUUUAAUGGUGAACUCAGUACGGAGGGGCUCUUAGCAGUAUGGAGGGACCCCACCUCGGCCUGGAGGACUGUUUCCAUGAAUUUCUGUACUCACAAUGGGACUCAGAGCCCUUCGUCCCCCAGCACAUUUCCUGUGCCCACCUUGGUGCAGAGUCUGCUGCACCCCAACCUUUUAACCUCCGCAUCCCGUGACGUUUGUGUGCCAUCACCACACAGUGUGCACAGUGCCUGCAGCCGUAGGGAAAAGCUCUGAGAGCAGCACGUGGGAGUGGGCAGUAGCCAGAUGUGAGCCAAGAGCUGGGGAGGGGGAAAAAAGGCAGACACACGCGUGGACACACAGCCUUUGGUUUCCUGUAGCAUGGAGCAGCGCUGGGGGCUGCUAGCCCACCCGUGCCCUCCCCUCCACUGCUGGUCUGUUGCUGAAGCCAGUGAAGAGCAGGGGGUUACUUCCCCCCCACCCCCCACAGUGAUGUUGUUUGGCACAAAGCAGCUCUGUGUGAGACGUUCUCUACUGCUGGUACCAUUUUUUAAAGCAUUUUGUAACAUCUCCCAUCAACUGUGCAGAGGACGUGUGGAUCUGUUUUUCUCCCGGCCCACUCCUCCUCUGCCUCUUUCAGUGUCAAAGUAAGAAUUUUUUUUUUUUUUUUUUUUGUGAUAAUAAUAAAACUUUGGAAAAACCUGA